CUCGGACAAGCAAAAGGGGAAAAAGACGAAGAAGAAAGAAUCAGUCGGCCGACUCGAACUUGAAUCAGUCGACGCAGGCAAACAGCAACAAACGACUCUCUCUCUCUCUCUCUCUCGUUGAGCUGCAGAGUUCCCGAUAAUGGUUGCCUCCGCAGCUUCGUGGCUGGUGGUCAACCCGUUGACUUCCCUUCUCCCGUCCAAGCUCGGCUCACUGAGGCAAUCCGCUGCGAUCUGCUCCUCCUUCGCACCACUCAGACUUAAGGACAGGGAGCUCGGCCGAAGGACUUCCGGGGGCUUCUAUGUGGUCUGCAAAGCAGUCUCCGUGAAGCCUGAGACGGAGGUUGAACGCCUCAACAUCGCCGAUGACGUGACGCAGCUUAUUGGGAGAACACCAAUGGUUUACUUGAAUAACAUUGUCAAGGGUUGUGUUGCUAACAUUGCUGCCAAGCUUGAGAUCAUGGAGCCAUGUUCCAGUGUAAAGGACAGGAUAGGCUACAGUAUGAUAGCCGAUGCAGAGGAGAGAGGGGUCAUAACACCUGGAAAGAGUAUUCUGGUGGAACCGACCAGUGGAAACACAGGAAUUGGUCUUGCAUUCAUCGCUGCUUCAAAAGGAUAUAGAUUAAUUUUGACAAUGCCAGCUUCUAUGAGUAUGGAAAGAAGGGUUCUCCUGAAAGCUUUUGGAGCUGAGCUUGUUCUGACUGAUCCCGCAAAAGGAAUGAAAGGAGCAGUUCAGAAGGCUGAAGAAAUUUUAAAAAGCACACCAAAUGCCUACAUGCUCCAGCAAUUUGAUAACCCUGCCAAUCCAAAGAUACACUUUGAGACAACCGGUCCAGAGAUUUGGGAAGAUACAAGAGGAAAGGUUGAUAUCUUUAUUGCCGGAAUUGGAACUGGAGGAACCAUAACUGGUGUUGGUCGGUACCUCAAACAGAAAAAUCCCAACAUAAAGGUCAUUGGUUUGGAACCCUUAGAGAGCAACAUAAUAUCUGGUGGCAAGCCUGGUCCUCACAAGAUUCAAGGGAUUGGAGCUGGUUUUGUGCCAAAGAAUUUGGAUCAGGAUAUUGUAGAUGAAGUCAUUGAGAUAUCUAGCGAUGAAGCUGUUGAAAUUGCAAAGCAACUAGCUCUCCAGGAAGGCUUGUUGGUUGGAAUUUCUUCUGGAGCGGCAGCUUCUGCUGCAAUGAAGGUGGCAAAGCGACCCGAGAAUGCUGGGAAACUGAUCGCGGUCGUUUUCCCAAGCUUUGGUGAACGAUACCUCUCCUCUGUUCUUUUCCAGUCGAUACGAGAAGAAUGCGAGAAAAUGCAACCCGAGCCAUGAUGUAGUAUUAUUCCAUCCCCUUUUCCUUUACUAGAACCUCUCAAGUUGAGAACGUGGUUUCACUUGCGUAUAAUUUCGUCACGCGAUCUUUGCUGCUGGAUAGAAUUUUGCCUCCUGCUUUCAUGUAUUUCUCGGUUUUCUAUUCUUGGAAUAAUAACAAUAAUGACGAGUUACCUUUAUGUUUAUGGCCA